CGCAAAACGUGGCCGAGCUAUUGCGAUAUUUGCAGGCUGCCCUGAGACGCCCCAGGCAAGGAUCCUAAAUCCUGACAGAGCUUUGUGGAGCCCAGUUCUGGCAGGUUCCCAGGACUCGAAGCCACCAGAACCUACAUGGAACCAAGGGCCUCAUGUCCAGCUGCUGCACCCUUGGUAGAGAGACAGUUCCAUGUUCUUGUGGGUGUCACUGGGAGUGUUGCAGCCCUGAAGUUACCUCUUCUGGUGUCAAGGCUUUUAGACAUUCCUGGUCUGGAAGUAGCAGUGGUCACAACUGAAAGAGCCAAACAUUUCUACAGCCCCCAGGACAUUCCUGUCACCCUCUACAGUGAUGCUGAUGAAUGGGAGAUGUGGAAGUGCCGGUCUGACCCAGUUCUUCACAUUGACCUGCGGAGGUGGGCAGACCUUAUGCUGGUGGCUCCUCUUGAUGCCAACACUCUGGGGAAGGUGGCCAGUGGCAUCUGUGACAACUUGCUUACCUGUGUCAUCCGGGCCUGGGACCUCAGAAAGCCCUUGCUCUUCUGCCCAGCAAUGAACACCGCCAUGUGGGAGCACCCCAUUACCUCACAGCAGGUGGGCCAGCUCCAGGCCUUUGGCUAUAUCGAGAUCCCCUGUGUGGCCAAGAAGCUGGUGUGUGGAGACAAAGGUCUGGGGGCCAUGGCUGAGGUGAGCACCAUUGUGGACAAAGUGAAGGAAGUUCUCUCCCAGCAUGCUGGCUUUCAGCAGAGUUGAACCUAGGAUCUCUCAUGUGUGUUUCUCUGCACCCAGUGUGUUUUCAGGCCGAGUCACUGAAGGUGGACAUUGGCAAAGUAUGGCCUUUGCUGAGUAGGGGUCUAGCCUGGGCCUGCUCCACAAUCUUCAAAGGCUUGACUUUCCCCAGGUUAAAUGGACCAAAGGCCCAGGUCUCAACUUCUUUCAGCCAGGAAACACCCGCUAUCUGGAGCUUCUCCCCACCUUUUCCUGGAAUAGGCCCAGCAAGCCAGAGGAACAAGCUGCUAUAUUGCUCCUGUGCCUCUGGGAGGGGACUGAAGAGUGGCUGACCAGCCUUGAUUCUGCAUGGUGCCCAGGAUCCGCUUUUAGAAACUGCCUCAGCUUGAGAUCCCAGUGUGGUGGACGCCUGGCCAGGCCUUUGGAGCUUCAGCUGCUGUGCAGAGUAAAGAAAGCCUGCAAGUUGGCAAGACCCUGAAAUUUCCCACAGACCAUGCUGUAAGAUUGGGUAUACUGGGGAAUAAAGUAAA